CCUGACUCCAUCUCCAACCAUGGCUUGGGUGCCAAUGCUCAUCCUCUCCACUUGCUUUAUGGGGACUUUUUCCCAGUUUGUCCUGAAUCAACCAACAUCUGUGUCUGGAACUCCUGGAGGGAGAGUCCGAAUAACGUGUGCUAAAAGCAGUGGAACAAUUGGAACAUACGAUUCCUCCUGGUAUCAACAGACGCCUGGAAAUGCCCCCAAACUUAUUAUAUACUAUGAUGGUUCUGCGACAUCUGGAACCCCAGCACGAUUUUCUGGUUCUUUUGAGAACUCUAGAAAAUCUGCCGUGUUAACCAUCUCAAGCCUUGAGGCAGAGGACGAAGCUGAUUAUUACUGUUUGUGUGCUACAGGCGAUGGCAAGUACACGGCUGGACUCACCUGGCCAUUUCUUCCUGUCUUGUUACUUACAGGGGCAUCAGCCCAAUUUGUAUUGACUCAACCAGCUUCCUUGUCAGCACGUCUUGAAGGAAAGAUCCAGAUCUCCUGUACGAGGAGCAGUGGAGCUCUGUCUGGCUACUAUGUGUCCUGGUAUCAGCAGAAAUCCAUCAAGCCACCCAAACUACUGAUUUAUCAGCACGUCUACAGGCCUGCUGAUGUUCCAGACCGAUUCUCUGGGGCGACCGACAGUUCCAGAGCUACUUUAACAAUUACGGGUGUUCAACCAGAAGACGAGGCACAAUAUUAUUGUCAGUCUUAUGACAGCAACUGGAUGUUUCACAGUGAUGCCACCUGCACAGGGAAGUGA